AGACAUUUGGAACGUCUUUGGUGACUCCAGUAUGUAUCCAAACAAUUCAGUAUGGGUCAGCAUGGUAGUUCGUACUUCUGGUUAUAAGAAACACUAGGAGUAGCUUUCCGUUGAUUCAUUUUUCUUACGAAUGUUGUUUGACAAUCGGAACGAUGUUAACCACCCUGCGUAAAAUGCCGCGCAUAGGCACCUUCUUGCAGCGGAAGAGCCUUGCACCGUCGGUCGUGUUUUCUUUAGCGUUACGCACACGUGUGCCUAUUCUGAGCGGACUUGGCAAUUCAGUAAUGAAAUCCGGAUGAAAGAGAGUCCAUUAAAGCUCUGUCAUACAUCAAGCAGAAGUGAGAUCAUUGGAGUUAAAAAUAUCCAUCCCGUGCCAGAACAACUCAAGUAGCCUACUGCAGCCGAGACAACUCGUCGGUGCGCGCGUUGCCAACAUGCAGGAGUGGACGAGCGAAGUCAACACUGGCACCAUCACGGAAUGAUGCGUGUUCCCUUCUAUAUUCUGACUGUGGCUCACCUGAUCCGUGCUGCUGCCGCCGGGACAGAGCGGUUCGGGUCCGGACGCAGGACCUGCAGACUCUACUGCAGAGUCGGCAUCGGCUUCCAUCUGCAAAUCCAUCCCGACGGCCGAGUCAACGGGAGUCACGAAGCCAACCACUUAAGUGUUGUGGAGCUUUUCGCCAUGUCCCAGGGUGUGGUCGGCAUCAGAGGAGUUUCCAGUCGCAGGUUUCUGGCCAUGAACUAUCGAGGACGCCUCCACGCCACUGAAGGGUUCUCUGAGGACUGUGUGUUCCAGGAGAGCUUCCAGAAGGACGGCUACAACACCUUCUCGUCUGUGGUCCACCGGGGCCCGCGGACUGCCCGGCCCUGGCUCGUAGCGCUCAACAAGAGAGGGAGGGCCAAGAUGGGCUCCAGCCCCCGCGUCAAAACCCAACAUGUCUCCGCCCACUUCCUGCCGAGGGCCACCCAGCAGCCCUACGAGGAGCGGGGCUUCAAGACCUACAAAACACCUCAACCACUUCCAAUGUCAAAGGUCACGGCCCGGAGCACCUCCAGGCAGGGGGCCGCACAAGUCAAGUACUGGCCCAAGUACCGCUGGGGUUAGAGGUCAAGUACUGGCCCAAGUACCGCUGGGGUUAGAGGUCAAGUACUGGCCCAAGUACCGCUGGGGUUAGUGGUUAAGUACUGGCCCAAGUACCGCUGGGGUUAGAGGUCAAGUACUGGCCCAAGUACCGCUGGGGUUAGAGGUCAAGUACUGGCCCAAG